UGGUAAGCUGGGUGAGAUUGGUUUGACUUUGACCACAUCCGACACGUUUGGCAUCUUCCCUGUCUGUGUCUUCUCCCCUAAUUCAUAGUUUAAUUAACCCCAAAAACAAAACCCAUCACUCAAAUUCUUCAUUACGCCUCACAAUUUUAGUUUCAAUUUUCAGAAUUCGCCUUUUUAAUUCCUCGAAGCUCCCUUUUGUGGUGUUCGAAUCGGGUGUUUGCUGUAAAAAUCCCCCUUUUUAUUUGCUUCAAGAGGAGGGAAAGGUGCCAUGAUUAACCUCUUAAUGAAGCUAUUACGAACAAUUUGAAUGUUGAAGAAAGAAUUGAAAGAAAUUGCUAAAUGGGUUCUUCUUUUGUCUGUUUGUUCUGUGUUAAUCAAUGGAGAAAGGGAAGGUGAUGCAGAAGAGAAGACUCUUUCAGAGCAGAGAAACAGCCGCCAUUGGAACCAUCGGGCUUGCAGAGAAGACAAUUUAGUUGAUGGUUUCUGCCAUUAGAUGACAAAGUUUAAGGUUUCUGUUUCUGGGUUUUCCUCGACGAGGUCGGAGAUUACGAUAUAACCCACUUUUACAUGUUUGUCCAUGUUUUUUUCCCUCUUUUUCUGAUCCUUUCAAAUGGGGUUUGGUUCAAAUUUGCUAAAGAACCUCCGAAGAUUCAUAUCAUUUCAUUGUUGUUAUGGAUUCGAUUUGGGUACUCAACCUUAUGAGCUUACGAAUUGAAAAUGUUCUUUAGUUUUGGCAUUGAAUUUCUGCUUGUGGGAUACUAAAAAAUGAGCAGCGGCAGAAGGAGAAAGCUGCAUUUUAGCAAGAUCUACUCGUUUGCUUGCGGGAAAGCUUCUUUAAAGGACGAUCAUUCGCAACUUGGGGGACCUGGGUUCUCUCGUGUUGUUUUCUGUAAUGAACCAAAGUGUUUUGAGGCAGAAAUUCGUAGCUACAUAGACAAUUAUGUUAGUACCACCAAGUAUACUUUAGCUACUUUCCUGCCUAAGUCAUUGUUUGAGCAAUUCAGGAGAGUGGCCAAUUUCUACUUUUUAGUCACUGGGAUCCUUGCUUUUACUCCCCUUGCUCCUUACACCGCUGUCAGUGCCAUCGUCCCUCUUAUUCUCGUCAUCUCGGCGACGAUGAUCAAAGAAGGGAUCGAGGAUCGGAGGCGCAAAAAACAGGAUCUUGAGGUAAACAAUAGAAAGGUAAAAGUCCACCAUGGAGAUGGAGUUUUUGGUUAUACAGAGUGGAAGAAUCUGAUGGUUGGUGAUAUUGUGAAAGUAGAGAAGGAUGGAUUCUUUCCAGCUGAUAUUGUCUUGCUUUCAUCAAGUUAUGAGGACGCAAUCUGCUACGUUGAGACGAUGAAUCUCGACGGCGAGACGAAUUUGAAACUAAAACAAGCGUUGGAGGAAACGUCGCAUAUGAACGAAGAUUUUAUGUUCAAUAGCUUUAAGGCUAUCCUAAAAUGUGAGGAUCCAAAUGCUAAUUUAUACAGUUUUGUUGGUAGUUUAGAGCUGGAAGAACAACAAUAUCCUCUGUCUCCUCAACAGCUACUCCUUCGAGGCUCUAAGCUUCGGAAUACGGAUUAUAUAUACGGGGUUGUUGUCUUUACGGGCCGUGACACGAAGGUUAUUCAAAAUUCUACUGAUCCACCUUCAAAGAGAAGCAAAGUUGAGAGGAAAAUGGAUAAGAUUAUAUAUUUUUUGUUCUGUCUUCUGUUUUUGCUUGCUCUUGUAGGAUCUGUAGUUUUUGGCGUUGUGACUGAGGAUGAUUUGGAGAAUGGGAGAAUGAAACGAUGGUAUCUGAGGCCUGAUGAUGCUAGAGUUUUCUAUGAUCCAAAAAGGGCUCAAAUGGCUGCAAUUUUCCAUUUCCUUACAGCACUGAUGUUAUAUAACUACUUCAUUCCAAUAUCACUGUAUGUAUCAAUAGAAAUUGUGAAAGUUCUUCAGAGCAUGUUCAUCAAUCAAGAUAUUAAUAUGUAUUAUGAAGAAGCGAAUAAACCAGCUCGUGCUCGCACCUCGAAUUUGAAUGAAGAACUCGGUCAAGUCGAUACGAUACUCACUGACAAGACGGGAACUUUGACAUGUAAUUCAAUGGAGUUCAUCAAGUGUUCUGUGGCAGGGAGGGCUUAUGGUCAGGCAAAUGAGGGGAAGCACCAUGAGGAUGUCAAGAAUCAACCUUCACAUAUCAAAGGUUUUAACUUUAAGGAUGAUAGGAUUAUGAAUGGGAAUUGGGUUAAUGAGCCUCAUGCCAAUGUCAUCAAAACUUUUCUUCGUGUUCUUGCGACUUGUCAUACGGCGAUUCCCGAAAUCAAUGAGGACAAUGGAGAGGUUUCUUAUGAGGCCGAAUCUCCAGACGAAGCAGCAUUUGUGAUCGCUGCUAGAGAACUCGGAUUCGAGUUCUACAAAAGAACACAGACAAGUAUAUCACUGCAUGAGUUUGAUCCUUCAUUGGGCAAGAAAGUUGAUAGGGCAUAUAAACUGCUGCAUGUUUUGGAGUUCAACAGCUCAAGAAAGCGGAUGUCUGUCAUAGUAAGAAAUGAAGAGGCCAAGACAUUGUUAUUCUGUAAAGGUGCAGACAGUGUUAUGUUUGAAAGGCUUGGAAAGAAUGGGAGGGUGUUUGAGGAGGAGACCAAGGAACAUGUCAGUGAGUAUGCUGAUGCAGGAUUGAGGACUUUGAUACUCGCCUAUCGCGAGCUCGACGACGAAGAAUACAGAGAGUUUGAUAGCAAGUUCACUAUGGCGAAAAACUCGGUUAGUGCAGACCGAGAAAUGUUGAUUAAUCAAGUGACCGAUAAAAUCGAAAGGAAUUUGAUUCUUCUUGGUGCCACUGCUGUUGAGGACAAGCUUCAAAAUGGGGUUCCUGAGUGCAUUGAUAGGCUUGCUCAAGCUGGAAUAAAGAUUUGGGUAUUGACUGGGGACAAAAUGGAGACUGCUAUCAAUAUUGGUUUUUCCUGUAGAUUACUGAGACAAGAUACGAAGCAGAUUGUAAUUACUCUCGAGACGUCGGAAAUUCAGGCGUUAGAGAAGACGGCGGAUAAGGCAUCGAUCAUCAAGGCAUCGAGGCAAAGCGUCCUCGAUCAAAUUACUCGAGGGAGAGCUCAGAUCGCAUCACCAAGUGGGAUAUCUGAAGCAUUUGCAUUAAUCAUUGAUGGAAAAUCACUUUCUUAUGCUUUAGAGGACACCAUGAAGGCAUUGUUUCUCGAGGUAGCAAUACAUUGUGCUUCUGUUAUUUGCUGCCGUUCAUCUCCAAAACAGAAGGCACUGGUAACGAGGUUAGUUAAAUGUGGAACACAGAAAACAACUUUAGCUAUCGGCGACGGUGCCAACGACGUCGGAAUGCUUCAAGAAGCAGACAUUGGAGUUGGAAUUAGCGGUGUUGAAGGAAUGCAGGCCGUUAUGUCGAGCGACGUUGCGAUAGCACAGUUCAAAUAUCUAGAGCACCUGCUUCUUGUUCAUGGACAUUGGUGCUAUAGAAGGAUAUCAUCAAUGAUUUGCUACUUUUUCUACAAGAACAUUACUUUUGGUUUUACAAUAUUCUUAUACGAAGCAUUCACAUCAUUCUCUGGGCAGCCUGCGUAUAAUGAUUGGUUUCUAUCGCUUUACAAUGUGUUCUUCUCGUCGCUUCCAGUGGUAGCUUUGGGCGUUUUUGAUCAGGAUGUUUCUGCAAGACUCUGCCUCCAGUUUCCUCUCUUAUACCAACAAGGGGUGCAGAAUGUUCUAUUCAGCUGGGCCCGAAUUCUCAGUUGGAUGUUUAAUGGACUGUGCAGUGCUGUGAUCAUUUUCUCCCUAUGCACUCGAGCGCUCGAGUAUCAGGCGUUCAACUCCGACGGGAGAACUGCAGGGCGGGAUAUUCUGGGUGCAACGAUGUACUCUUGUGUUGUUUGGGUCGUGAACUUGCAAAUGGCGCUUGCUGUUAGUUACUUCACCUUGAUACAACAUCUUUUCAUCUGGGGUUCGGUUUCGAUCUGGUACAUUUUUCUCCUGAUCUAUGGGUCCAUGACCCCCACGUUUUCAACCAAUGGUUACAAGAUCUUCAUUGAAGUCCUUGCCCCUGGCCCUUCCUACUGGCUUGUGCUUCUAUUUGUGGUGAUCUCAACACUCAUUCCUUACUUCUCCUACUCGGCUAUACAGAUGAGGUUCCUUCCUAUGUAUCAUCAAAUGAUUUUGUGGAUUAGGAAUGAAGGGCAGCUGGAAAACCAAGAGUACCGUGAUCUUUUGAGGUCAAUAGCUCCCGAUCAACGAGCAUGGGUUCCACCGCACGGUUAGCAGCCGAAAGGUGCCACUUCAAACAGAUGAAACCAUUGAAUAUGAUGCUGCUUUCUUGCUCUUGGACAAAUCUGGCAUGAACCAGCAUAGCCUGUCCCAAGAAAAUACAGAAGAAGCAUCACUCCAAGUUCUUGUGUACAUUAAAAAAGUGAGGGAAUUCAUUGUAGGAUUAGAUAAACAUUAGUUCAAGCAACAAAAACAAAGAACAUAAUAGCAGAUCCUAUGUCAAAUAUACAACUCGACGUUUAUACGAUAAUUGAUUUAACUCUCUGAGCUUCACAACUAAUGAGAGUCCUUAGAGUAUUAAAUA